CAACCCGGGUGUGUGUUUGGAUCCCUUCUAAAUCACAUAGCAUAUUCCCCUCCUUAAAUCUUCUUAGUAUCCUGUUGUAUUUAUAUAUAUCACUCUACUUCAAGCUCUGCCUUUGUUCACAAGUUUAACCAUUUUCUGCCCACCGUGUAAUGGUUCAAGAUUCUUGUACCCUUGUGAAGUGCAGGAGAGUUAUUACAUGAAUUAGGAUGAGAGUGUGAUGAACUUUAGCCUUUUGUAAUAGUUUGUAAGGCUGUUGAGAGAGUUUUGAGAUCUGGGUUGUGGGUUUGUUGGUGUCAUCAAUGGGGAGCUCAGAAGAGAGAGUUGUUGCAGUGAUCAUGGUGGGUGGACCCACUAAAGGAACUAGAUUCAGGCCGUUGUCCCUGAAUAUCCCAAAGCCUCUUUUUCCACUGGCAGGACAGCCCAUGGUUCAUCAUCCCAUCUCAGCUUGUAAACGGAUCCCAAAUCUAGCACAGAUCUACCUCGUUGGGUUCUAUGAGGAGCGUGAAUUUGCGUUGUUUGUCUCAUCAAUUUCUAAUGAGCUUAGAGUCCCUGUCAGAUACUUGAAAGAGGAUAAGCCGCAUGGUUCGGCUGGUGGACUAUAUAACUUCAGGGAUCAGAUCAUGGAAGAGAAUCCGUCACACAUUUUUCUGUUGAAUUGUGACGUUUGUUGCAGUUUUCCACUGCCUGAGAUGCUAGACGCUCACAGAAGUUACGGUGGGAUCGGAACAAUUUUGGUGAUCAAGGUUUCCCCUGAGACGGCGAACCAGUUUGGGGAACUUGUGGCUGAUCCUGUUUCGAAUGAGCUGUUGCAUUAUACCGAGAAACCUGAAACUUUUGUGAGCGACCGUAUCAAUUGUGGUGUGUACGUCUUUACCCCCGACAUCUUUACAGCUAUUCAAGGUGUAUCCACGCAACGGAAGGAUAGAGCUACCCUCAGGCGUGUAACCAGCUUUGAAGCACUCCAACCCCCAAACAGGAGUCUUCCGACAGAUUUUGUACGACUGGAUCAAGAUAUUCUAUCACCACUUGCAGGCAAAAAGCAGUUUUACAUAUACGAAACCAGGGAUUUCUGGGAACAAAUCAAAACUCCGGGAAUGUCGUUGAGAUGCUCCGGGCUCUAUCUUUCACAAUAUAGGGUAACGGCCACCCAUCUUUUGGCAAGUGGAGACGGUUUGAAAAAAGCCACCAUUUCGGGCGACGUAUACAUCCAUCCAUCAGCAAAAGUUCAUCCAACUGCAAAGAUUGGUCCAAAUGUUUCAAUCUCGGCCAAUGCUCGGAUAGGAGCUGGUGCGAGGCUCGUCAGCUGCAUCAUUCUCGAUGAUGUGGAGACCAAGGAAAAUGCUGUUGUAAUUCAUGCAAUUGUCGGAUGGAAGUCCUCCAUCGGAAGGUGGUCGAGAGUCCAGGGUUCAGGUGAUUACAACGCAAAGCUCGGUGUUACAAUUCUUGGUGAAUCAGUGACAGUUGAAGAUGAAGUGGUGGUGAUCAACAGCAUUGUCCUUCCAAACAAGACUCUUAACGUUAGUGUUCAGGAAGAAAUCAUACUGUAAUAACCCUCUGCACAGGGUUCCUAUAAAGACAUCUCCAUCUCCAUCUCCAUGCAUGCAUCUAUAAUGAUUAUUAUAUAUACGAUGUAUCGAUUUUGUUUUUAAUUUUUUAUUACAUU